AUGACCGAGACGCCCCGCCGUGACACCGUCAACCCAUAUUCCCCCAUCAUAACUGUAUCCUGUCCACGACUUUCGCAUAUACACUUUUUAUCAGAUCGGCAGGCUUGGGGUAAACGUGAGGAUCAGACUGGUUUGGCCACUCAUCUGGUCCAUCCAUAUGCAUGCAUCCACCGAUCCUUCCGAAUCGAGUCGUCUACCGUAAUCUCUGGCAAGGUGUUGGCCGUUUUUCCAUCAGACAGUCUGCAUACGUGUCUACACAACUGUUCGCAGAAGCCAGAAUGCCGUGCUGCCAACUACGUAAUGAGCACCGGCGAAGAACCACAUUGCCUUCUAGUGGAUACCCGCCAUCCUGGAAAUGCUUCUCAAUUACCCGUCGAGCAGCAUGGCCUCUACGCAGCAACACGCUUUUGCGUCCAAGAGGCUUUUGCUACGCGUUGCCCCGGACGUCAUUGGUCCUUUGAGCGUUUCGCAAACCGACGUCUUUUGGACUCUAGAUUCUCUCUGGAACUGCGUGAAAUCGCAACUUUGGAGGAAUGUUUGGAGGAGUGUGUCGUGCACGGGCAUUGUCUGGCAGUGUUGUGGCAAGAUUCGAAGCACAUUUGUGAGCUAGCUUCCAUAUCACUGCAGGCGGUGCACAAUCCACGUCAAUUCUUUGCCUACGACAAAGAGACGGAUUUGUAUGAGAGCAACUGCGCUCAUGGUGCUUCUUCGGCUCCAUCAUGUUCAUUUCUCAACCUACCCGGCGCUGGAAUCAUAGACCACUUUGAUGAGCGCAUCGGCAACGUACCGAAUGCCGACUCGUGUGAAAAUAUUUGUCUCGAUAAAGGGGAUGAUUGGGGCAUCUGUCGAAUGUACACUUUUGACUCACGACAUCACACCUGUUAUUUGUCGCAUUCGGCAUCUAGGGCUCUGGGAAGGAGUCCCCUUGAGGAUGGGCAUCGACCGUAUCUCGCUACUGGAGAGCUGGACGACUGCGUUCAAUUGAGCAUCAAAUGUAAACCAGAGUCACUGGAACUGCAUUCCGAAUCACUGAAACUAUUUGGUGGCGAGCUGAAGACGAAAAAAGCUAGUGAAGUGAUGUGCCAACGCAGCAUCAGUCCGAACUAUGCCUUCCAGCUAGAAUUGCCGUAUCAAAAAUGCGGCAUCGAGAAGCAGACCACGGAUGGUUCAUCAUUCGGUGGUACGCUAUAUUUGAAGGAGGGAAGUACACAGCUAGUUACAAUCCGCGAUAAAGUUAUUAAGGUGAAUUGCCGGAUCCACACCCAAAUGGAGCCUAUGCGAGACCAGACAGUCGCCGUUCACAUGCACGUAUCAGCUGGAAACGACACGCGAUUGAGAAACGGUCUGAUAGUUCCAACCGGCCCCUUGAGGUAUCAGGGGAUAAUGGCGCAUCCCAACUCCCCAUACAGGCUGAAUUUUACGAGAUCGGGUCCAACAAAGAUCGGCCAGCUUGUGAUCGAGAUGGGUGAUCCAGAAGGUGGCGAGUUCACGGUUCGGAAUGUCGUAGCUCUGCUUGGUCCGUCCGGCCCCACCCAAAAACCUCAUCUCCUCAUUGAUGGUGAAGGUUGCGUUGUUGACCGUGCAGCCGUGAGGCAAAUUUCGCGGCAGAUUCCCGGUCAGCUCAUAAUCGACAUCGAUCUGACCGCGUUCGGAGAAGCGACAGAGGUCGUCUAUCAAAGUCUAAUCGAACCCUGCUCCUACAACUGCAUGCCCUCGUGUAACCACGAACUACUCAAAGACUUUUUGCCGGCUAAAACGAUGCGCCGCCGACGUUCGCUGCCCGCUGGCCGGGCUCUAGAAAUAUCGCAAGAUGUCUAUAAGAUUAGCGGCGGCCGCACGAAACUCAUGGCAUUGGAGCCGCCUAACGGGUCCGGGGAAGUAGAGGUUGAAGAGGUAUGGUCCGCCGCAUUGGCCAAGAAGAUCUGUCACGGCACCUACUCGGAGUUGCAUUGUGUGGCUUCGUUGCUUGUCAUCUUUUUGUUCCUCUCGCUUGCUAUUGUAUCCGUAUCAAUUGCGUGUUACUACGGAAAGCAAUACCGCCGCCAUCAGCAGCUCAUUAGGCCGCCGAUUGGACGUGUUGAAUACGAAUUUCGUGAAGAGUCGAUACAAAAG